UCGCAUGAUGACGUAGACAGCGAUUAGAAUAAGGUUAAGCUGUCCUUAAAGUGAGGAAGUUACCUUACAUGUGUAUCCUUGGAAGACACAGAGCUGGACUACUGUGUACCAUUCUGCCAGCAAAGGCUUAUUAGCUUCCCUCACCUUUGAAGAUAAAUAUAUCAUAUAUGUAUAAGGAGAAUUGGAGAUAGAGCCCAUUCUCCAGUUAACAUAAACCAAGCCUUGGCUUAUUUGUGUCCAAUAUAAUCCAUUUUGAAUUAAUUGUGGGAGUGGGAGAUCGAAUUGAAGAUGUUAGAAGGUAAAGGUUUAAUUGAAGAUACGGACAUGCCGAUGAAGAUGCAGAUUCAGGCCAUGUCUUGUGCUUAUCAAGCUCUGGAUCUUUAUGAUGUUCUCGACUGCAAAUCCAUUGCUGCUCAUAUCAAGAAGGAGUUUGACAAGAGAUAUGGGAAUGGGUGGCAAUGUGUGGUGGGAACAAAUUUUGGGUGUUUCUUCACACAUACUAAAGGAAGUUUCAUCUAUUUCACCUUAGAGACUCUAAAUUUCCUCAUCUUCAAAGGAGCUUCUUCUUCUCCCCCAACUAUUCCUUGAACUUUAAAGGAGGAGAGAUUAAGUAGCUAGUCAAAGAAACAGGUGUAAUUACCCCUCCCUCUGCACUCCUCAGCUCUGCACUCUUUGUUCCUGUUUUUUCCCAGCCAGUGGGAUUUUUUUUUUCUGCUGAGCUACAUCUGAAUAGGCUGUGAGGUUAGUGGUAAUGAUACAAGGAAGAUUUUGCAGGCUGAAAUUCUUGCAAAAGCUCUUUGUGGAUGACCAUAAUUGCCAUUCAAAGCCUUAUUUAUGCUUCUUAUAUGUGUAAUGCCAUGUUAUCUUCAAAAUACUAUACUUCAUAGACUAUGCUAUUGGAGGAAGAUUAAAGCUCUUAAAGAAAGCCUAAUAUGAUAUUGUAUGCCUGUUAUUAUGUUGUU